AUGUCGAUAAUGUCAGUUUACAUGGAAGAAAGCGAAGAAAAUUUCCUUUGGUCAAAAACGGGUGAUGCACAUACACAUGCCCACGACGAUAGAGAAAGACUUUCGAAAAUUGGCGAGUUGAAAACCGCUAGACUUUGCUUAAUGGGGACACGUUUUGAAGACUUGGACAUUGUGUCGCAACUGAGUGCAAAGUUUCAAAGCAAGGUUGUACCCUGCUUUGGUUUUCAUCCUUGGUUUGCCCACCUAUUAUCUCUUGAGGAUGAUCCACCGGAAAGUGAAAUCCAUUACCGUUCAGUUUUGAGUGACAUUGGUCCCAAAAGCUCUACAGAUUGUAAUAUAGAACCAAUACUUGUAUAUUUACCUCCCCCAAAGCCAUUCAAUGUUUGGUUUGAAAAGCUUGAGAAUUUGGUCAAAACUAAUACGACAGCACUCAUUGGUGAGGUUGGUUUAGAUAAAUCGGCACGCUUGACUGAUCCAAAAACACAAUCUCUCAGCAAAGUUCAAACAAAAAUUCAACAUCAAAUAGCAAUUUUAGAGAAACAGUUAGAUUUAGCAGCGAAAUAUAAUCGAGCCGUGAGUUUGCAUUGUGUUCAAGCAACCGGUCAAGUAAUAGAACUACUUGAUCGUAAAGUUCUUUCACAACAACCAUUACCACCACGAAUUUGCAUGCAUUCCUAUGGGGGUUCUGUUGAUACGAUCAAAAUUUUGACAGAAACUCGACCGAAAAAGAAAAAGAAGCUACCAACUGAUAUUUAUUUCUCUUUCAGCAUAGUAAUUAACGAACGAUAUUCUCGGUUGCAUGAUCUAAUAAGAGCUGUUCCGGAGGAUAGGCUGUUGGUUGAAUCCGAUUUUCAUUCGCCUGAUGGGCUAGAUCAUUUGAUGGAAAAGAUUGUUUUACUUGUUAGUGAGGCAAAAGGAUGGACACGUGCAACAACCUUAGAGAAAACUUUUCAGAAUUUCUUGAAAUUUAUCGGAGAAUCGUAA